CUCAGCGUUUUUUUUUCUGUUGCAAUUUUUAUUUCACGAUGGAUGAGCUGGAUCUGUUGUCAAAAGUUUAUCAAAUUCUCCAGACGGAAAACGUUUUCAACCCAGCCGCCGAGGAUGUUAUUUUCCCAUUCGAACGUCCCAAAGAUUUGAAGAGCAUCCUUAGUUUGGAAUUACCCAGCGACUCAUCGACGCUGAAUGCUGCGGCACGGGAAGAAGUUUUACGAAAAAUCGUCAAGUAUUCGAUAAAAACUGCCCACCCAAACUAUCAUAACGAAAUGUACGCUGGACCGGACUUGCUGGGACUCGCCGCUUCUUGGGUGACCGAUGCUCUCAAUGCGUGCCAAUAUACGUACGAAGCUGCUCCGGUGUUUUCUUUGGUGGAAUCAAUUACUUUGGAAUACUUUUUGAAGCGUUGUGGAUUUGAAGGUGGGGAAGGUGUUUUCACUCCCGGUGGAUCGAUAGCCAAUAUGUAUGCUAUUGCUAUGGCUAGGCAUAAGUUGUUGCCGAAAAUCAAAAAGCAUGGAAUGUAUGGACAACAGCAGUUGAAAAUUUUCACAUCUGAGGACUCUCACUACAGUGUCACAAAGAGCGCCAACUGGCUGGGUCUGGGCGAGGAAAACGUGCUGAAAGUCAAGACGGAUGACACGUCCCGAAUUGAGCCCGCCCAGCUAGAAGCGGCCAUCGUGGAUGCCAUUGCCGGGGGAUCGAAGCCACUAGUCGUAUCGGUGACGGCCGGGACGACGGUGUUCGGUGCGUUCGAUGAUUUGAACCGGAUCGCUGAUAUUUGUCAGCGGUACCGAAUCUGGCUGCACGUUGAUGCAGCAUGGGGUGGAGCAGCUAUCUUCUCCGAGCUUCAUAAACCGUUACUGGCCGGGCUGGAGCGUGCGGAUUCACUGUCGAUGUGUCCCCAGAAGAUGCUAGGAACUCCGUUACAGUGUGCAUUAUUUCUGGUCAAACAUGCAGGUCUGCUCACGGGUUGCAACGCGGCUUGUGCGGAAUAUUUGUUCUCAAUCGAUAAGUACUACGACGUCUCGUAUGACACUGGCGACAUGAGUGUUCAAUGUGGCAGAAAGAUUGACUCAUUCAAGCUGUGGUUCAUGCUACGGGCACGUGGCUCGGCCUGGUUCGAAUCCUCCGUGAAUAACGCAAUGAGUUGUGCAGCAUAUUUCCACGCUACAAUUGCUGGGAAUGUUUAUUUCAAACCAGUUCGGUCAUCGUAUCAAUUUACGAACGUUUGUUUUUGGUUCAUUCCGAAGCGACUUCAGCUGAACUCCCCGGAAGGCGAAACCGACGAAUGGUGGGCUGAGGUGUACAAGGUUACACUUACACUGAAGGAGAGGAUGGUCAAGAAGGGCAGCUUGAUGGUUAGCUAUUCGUCAUACCCCCAAAAAAAGAUGGGCUACUUCUUCCGGUUAGUAGUGAAAUGCGUGCCGGAGCCAACGGUUGCGCGGAUGGACUUCAUUGUAGCGGAAAUGAUCGCCCUAGGUGGAACUCUGUGAACAUCAA